AUGGCUGCCAUUACAAAGUUGUCUGUUCUUAUAUCAAUGAUCAUGGUCUUUGCUAAUGUGCUUGCUCUAACUAGUGAGCCCACCAUUGGAGCUUCUCCUGCUGUUUUGCCAUACGUUAAUGCUCCUAACAUGUCUUCGUUUUUCCCUCCUCCAACUGACCAAUGGGUUCUGGGCCCUGCAGCUCCUCCAAGUUCAGAAGAAUUGGCACCAGUGCCGAGCUCAGGUGAGUUUAUAGGGAAGAUUUCCUCAAGCCCAGCAAAGUUCAAUGGUCAAAACACACAAAAAGCAAACUCCACUGAUCACCCACCCACCACUGAUUCUCUCCAUCAACAGCGCUGCUCCACCGAACCAUCCACCGGCCACAAUCAACAAGUCCAAAUGCCAGCUGCCUCGGCGGCCAUGGAACUGAUGGCCCAUCCAAUUUUUGAGAUUCAUUUGGACCGACCUCAGCAUUGA